GUGGCUAUCGUUAGCUCCGGUAGCCGCCGCCGCUGCUGCUGCCUGUCAUCGCCGCACCGCUCCAGGAGACUCCUGAGUCGGCCGGGAUUUUUAUUUUUGUCCCCCCGCGUUCACCUCCACCUGUCCUGCGUCAUGCCCAUGUACCAGGUAAAGCCCGUCAGCGGCGGUGACAUGAAGGUUGAUUUGCCCACGUGCAUGUACAAGUUACCGAGUUUCCACUCGUCGCACGGGAGCAGCGGCAGCCCCGAACACGCGCUUCAGAAUGGCGAGGUGGACCCGGCAGUCAAAGCUCUGGAGGCCCGACAGGAUGAGAUCAUGAGGAAACUGUACGAGCUGAAAGCAGCGGUGGAGGGCCUGGCUAAGACGGUGACCACACCGGACGCCGAUCUGGACCUGACAGUCAGCAGCAGCCUCUCGUCCUCCACGACCUUUAAAGGCACUACAGACCUGGAUACACUACUGGGCAAGGACCUCGGUGCGCUCCGUGACAUCGUCAUAAACGCCAACCCGGCCCAGCCUCCCCUGACGCUGCUGGUGCUCCACAGCCUGCUGUGCCAGCGCUACCGGGUGCUCUCCACCGUCCACGUCCACUCCUCGGUCACCAGCGUGCCCCCACAGCUCCUGUCCUGCCUCGGUCCACGACAUGCAGACAGCUACGCCCGUCACAUGUUCCAGCUGGGCUUCACCCUCAUAUGGAAAGACGUUCCCAAACUGCAGAUGAAGUUCAGCGUCCAGAACAUGUGUCCCAUCGAGGGUGAAGCCAACGUCGCUCGUUUCCUCUUCAAGCUUCUGGCUCCGUACCCCAGCGACCCGGCUGCCGCCACGCUGGUGGACAGCUGGCUGGACACGGCUUUCUUCCAGCUGGCCGAGGGCAGCGCCAAGGAGCGAGCCGCCGUCCUGCGAGCCCUCAACUCGGCACUCGGUCGCAACCCCUGGCUGUCCGGACCGGAGUUCUCCCUGGCCGACGUGGCCUGCUACUGCUGCGUGCUGCAGACCGGCUCGGCCGCCUCGGCUCCGGCUAACGUCCAGCGCUGGAUCAAGUCCUGCGACAACCUGGGUCACUUCGGCCCCGCCAAGCGACUGCUGCAGUGACCGAGGCCGACCCGGGACCUGAAGCAAAGUGAGAGAAGGGCAUUAGAACAACAAAAUAUCCCCAGCUGUGUCUGGAAAACCUUCUGAUGCUUCCCUCCUGACUGUAACUGACUCAGUAGAAGCAAUAUGGCUGAUCAUUGGAAUAUUUAUGACCGCCAUGCUGCUUUUGUCCCACAGAGAUUCUGAAGCUAUAUUUUGCGAGGAAGGAAGCAUGAGAGGACUGAACAGACAAGGGAUUAAUCCACACACACUGUACACCUUCCACCCACUUUGUGCCUAACAUGAUCCUGUUCUAAACGUGUGUUGACCUGUGGUGAUGGGUAUUACUAGAUGUUUUCAGCGGUAAUACUUUGUACCAUUUGUUUUUCUGAAAAUCAUUAAAGCUUCUACUUUGGAUCAAA